AUGGUUCACAUUCCUCUAGUCGGCAAGGCUAAAAAGAUCUAUGACUUGAACAAUGUGCCACUGGUCUCUGGAGGGUCCCUGAUCAAAUGGCACUUCCCACAUAGCAUUCACUCGGAGCACCGUGGCAAGACGCAGAAAUGCCCCAUUGCCAACCACCGAGUUGAGUACAGCUACUCAAAGGUCAUCCCUAUCCGCAUCGCUGUCGAUCGUAACAACAACCUCACGGAAUGCCCCAUCGAGUUUGAGGUUCUGCAGCUCUUCAACACCAAUGGCACAGUCAACGGCAAUGGCCCAGCUCCGGCCCGGGAAGAGAAAACCACUCUAGGUGUCGUCCGCCUCAAUCUAGCCGAGUAUGUCGAGGAGAGCGAAACGAUCCUCCGAGAUGGUAUUGGAGCCGGCUUCAUUCCGUUUCUCGGAUCUCCGGGUGGCCCGGCAGCGGUCGAUUUCCGGUUCGGGCACAUCCGUAAUCGCAGCUCACUAAGCGCGGUAACACCAGCACCAGCGGACGCUAACAGUCCCCAGUAUCUACGGCCUGAUGCAGAGGAAAAGGAGCAGGAACGUCCCAUGACAGCCAUGACCACCAAGACGUUCGCCACAACAACCACGGCGACCCCGGCAGAGGACGUCCAAGACGGCGUGGUGCGCCGCUACCUGAUGCAGGACAGCAAGAUCAACUCAACACUCAAGAUCAGUAUCCUCAUGAUCCAAGUCGAAGGCGAGCGCAACUUCAUCGCCCCGCCGCUCAAGACGGCUCCCGUUUUCGGUGGCAUCGCCGGCCUCGUGGCGGGCGACGUGCUGGACCCUAACGCCGACGCCCACAACUUCGCCCGCAACCACCAUCAAGCCGCGGCCGACCUGGCACUGGGCCAGUUACCCAGUCUCAGCCACAAGUCGCGGGACGUGUUUGAAUUGCAGGACUGCUACCGUCGGGUGCUGGCUGCCAGCUGGGAAUCCCAGCCGGGCGAGCUGACAGCUGACCAGUGCAUCGAGGAUAUUUUCUCUGGAGGCGACGGGUUCCGAACGGACAUGUCUUCAGCAGCGAACACCCCUUCGCCCAUCACGCGCGGUCGCGGCGGGUACAGCAACAACGCUCACAGCUUCGGGGAUCGAGACGGUGAAUUACGUGCGGGACACCGGAAGAAGCACAGUUUCGGAGGAGGUCACGGCCACCACUUCCGCUCCACCUCGGGCCAGUACUACCGAGACCAGCGAGACAAGCUCGCGGCUGCCAUUUCCAUAGGACUGGGUGGCACUCCGGUGGCACCAACAACUCCCGGACCAAAUAGAUCCAACACUUUCCGCACCCCGAGCGCCAGUUCCGCUCGAUCUCGCCACCCCCGGCACCGCGAUGAACCCACCAGCGGCUCGGCUUCUGGAGACGAAGACAGCGGUAGCAACGGCAACAGUAAUUACAACAAAGAUACCCUCCGCCCACAAACCGCUGCCCCCUCAAGAACCCAAACCCCAGGAAGCAUGGCUCGCAUAAGGCGGCACAUCCGCCACCACAGCGGAACGAGUGAUAAGAGCAUUCGAACCAUGAUGACGGAGCAGCAACAACAAAACGACCAAGAAGGAGGCGCCGCCGACAAAGAUAACUGGUAUAACAUCAACAACUACGGUUUCACCCGGGACCCCCGGGGAGCGGCAGACGAAGCCAAUAACCUCAGAAACCUGCUCAACAGCCUCAACAACAACCACAACAAUUCAAAUUUCCUCAACAGCAAUGGUUACAACAACCGCCCCGCGACCUCCGCUUCUACCGUCAAUAAAAUCAAUACCUCCCUCAACAACGGCCUCUCCCCCGCUUUCCGCGACCUGGGCAAGAUGCUUUCCCCCGCUGCUCCCGUCGGCCCCCCUACUCCCUCUCCCCAUUUGAACUCCCCCUACCAAUUUCAAGACGCUGCUUCUCUGGGAGGAGUUGUGAUCACGGAUGGAGACAAACACCCAAGCUAUGAAAGUCAUAUUGGAAGAAUGGAUAGUUUUAGGGGACGCGAUCGGAGUGAUAGUAGCGCUAGUCUGGCGACUUUGUCGCUUGGUAGUGGGGUGGGAAGUGGGAGUGGCAGAGGAGCGUAUGGCUAUGGUGGGUAUAAAAAAGCGAGACAGGUGGAUGAGUUUGAGGUAAGGGAGGAUUUGGUUGCUUGGACUAUACCGGCUUAGGGGGGUAAGGCCGGUUGUUUGGUCAGGAGAGGGAUGAUGGAGAGUUGUGGACUUGAGUGUGAUCAGUUCGUGGGAUAGAUAGAUCUUGUUCCCUUUGUGUGUUUUUUGUUUUUUAGCUUCACUUCUUACUUUCCUUUGUCGCGUGGAGUUGUUAUAAUAUAUGGUUCUUGGGCUUCAAAUUGAACGCCGUUGGUAAGGCAAAUUAAACGCAAGUAACAAAGCGGCGAG